AUGUUCUUCCCGUUGGUGGGCUUAAUUCUGUCAACAGCAGUCUUAAUGUUCAGUGGCUUCAAACGGUUGCGUAGAGUACCCUCAUCAGGAAAACAGACUGAGCGAAAAGCUGAGGCAAACAGCCGAAUUUUGUCUAAUCUUGAAGGCAGAAAGUAUCCUGCCAAACAGCACGCUUUAAAAGUUAAAGAAUUAUUUCUCAGAAGGAAGUUGAACAGUGACCCUAGUGAGACUACAUUUCUCAUCGCCGGAGAGCAAUUGGAAGCCAUAAAGUAUUGUGAUCAGACUAGACCUUUUAGACAGAACAGGUAUUUCUACUAUCUCACGGGGACCAAUAUUGCCGGCUGCUAUGUUAUGUUCGAUCUUGGCUCGGACACCUUGACGCUCUUCCUUCCUGAUGUCAAUGAAGACGACGUGAUGUGGAGCGGGCUUCCAAUGAGCAUCGAAGCGGCAUACAGAGAGUACGACGUGGACAAUGUACUUUAUGCCAAAGACCUUACCACAGAGCUCGAAAAGAGAGCUGCUCAUGCUAUCUACACGACAGAUAUGGACCAUUUCCCCCACUUUUCACUGCCCAAUAUUCCCUUUAUUCCCGCUGAUGAGGACUUUUUUUACGCCUUGGAUGAGGCCAGAGUUACAAAAGACUGGUAUGAGAUUCAACUUCUUCGCCGCGCUGCGGAAAUCACAGACAAUUGUCACUUGGCGGUGAUGUCUGCACUUCCAAUUGAGAGCAACGAGGGCCAUAUGCAUGCCGAGUUUACCUAUCAUGCCUUGCGUCAAGGCUCUAAAAAUCAGGGCUAUGACCCAAUCUGCUGCUCGGGCACCAGUUGUAGCACAUUGCAUUAUGUCAAGAACGAUGAAUCCCUUGAGACAAAAAACUCUGUCCUAAUCGACGCUGGAGCUGAAUGGAAAAACUACACCGCAGACGUCACUCGUUGUUUUCCUAUCAACGGAAAGUUUACAAGGGAGCACCGUGCGAUAUAUGAAGCUGUCUUGGAUAUGCAGUCUCAGGUGAUGGCCGAUAUAAAGCCGGGAGCGUCUUGGGAAGCUUUGCAUUUGAAAGCUCAUCGCGUUUUGAUCAAGCAUUUUCUGCAGCUGGGAAUCUUCAAGAGAGCUUUUUCACAGGAGGAGAUAUUUAAGAGAAAGGCAUCUCUGUGCUUUUUCCCACACGGUUUGGGCCACUUACUUGGAAUGGACACACAUGACGUUGGCGGUUACGCUGAUUACAAUGAUCCUGAUCCAUUACUGCAAUACCUGAGGUUACGGCGGCGGCUCGAAGUAGGAAUGGUCGUGACCAAUGAACCUGGUAUCUACUUCAAUCCGUUUUUGAUCAAUGAAUAUCUUGACAAGCAUCCAGAGCGGGCAGAAGUGGUUGACCGGAGGAUUAUGAACAAGUACAAUUAUGUGGGUGGAGUCCGUAUUGAAGAUGAUAUCCUGAUCACAAAGGACGGACAUGAAAACUUGACAAAAGUAACCAGUGAUCCCGACGAAAUCGAGGCCAUUGUUACCAGCGGUUUGGAGAAAGGGAGGUCUCACUUUCAUAUACUUGCCUUGCCUAAGUUUAACAAAUAA